GAAAUGAUGAUAUGCAAAAUGAUCUGGAAUUGGAAGUUUUACCAACAAACAUUUUAGAAAUGUUGUAUAAGGACCAAGAAAUUUAUAAAGAGUUUAUUUAUGAUUCUUUUGAUAUAACAACUAUAAAGAAACUGGCGAGAAUGAUACUUAACGACGAUGGUAUCGAAGCUACUAAUUCAAUUGAUUUGUUUGGAGAGGAAUUUCUGAAUAAAUUGACAAAAGGUAAACAAAAAGAUCAGAAGAGAAAGAAAUCUUUACCAAGCAAGAAACAAAAAUUAGGAAACAAUGACAAGAAAAAGGGUAGAAAAAGUAAAAAUAUCAGUGAGCCGUUAGAAACAAAUGUUGAAGAUAUUACUAAAACUAAUGAAGAAGUUACCAAUUUGGAAAAUAUGGAUAUAAAAACUGAGACCACAACUGAAUUUGAUUUGCAGUCAAAAGCCAUAAAUCCUGGAGAACAAGACUGGCAAUACAUUUCACUACCCAUUAACAAUCAAAUAGCAGUGUUGCUUGCGACAGAGUGGGAAAAUAUUGAAAAUUGCUAUAUAAACAAUUUGUUAGACAUUUUUUUUGAAAACCGUAUGAUUAGUUUACGUCUUGUUCCAUAUUCAACUUAUGUCCAAGAGGAAGUGAAAACAGUUAUGAACAAAGAUGACUUAAAACAAAAUGUGGUAGAUGUUUUUCAAAACUAUUAUAACAAUAUAGAAAGACACUUGCGUGAACUACCUGAUGUGAAAAACCAACUGCAUUGUAAGGUACUUGAAAUGCAACAAAACCUCUGGCAACUAGCUGAUGACAAGAAAGAAGAGACAGAGAGUAAAAGACAGGAAGUGAUAUUUCAAAACUGGUUAGUUACUCAGUUGUGCAUGUUAAUAAAUAACUACUUAUCCUUUGUUCAAACAGAACUAACCAGAUCAAUAGAGACUAUGAAACUAAUUAAUGACUAUUAUCUUAGCAUGCUUAAUAGAGAUCUCCCAUCUAAUAUUAAUUUGCAAACAUUAAAUUUAGAUAUUACUAAACUUACAGAAGAAGCAUUGUUACUUGUUCAGGAUGAGUCGGCGAUAAGUUUAAACUUGAGGAAUAAUAGUCUCUUUUCAUCAAGUAGUUAUAGUCAGAAUACAAAAGAAAACAAAAACAAUUUUGUGGCCCAAAGCUUGAUCAACUGUUCCGAGAACGAGGACGUUCUAAAACUGCUCAGGGUUCAUAUAAACCAAGAAAUUCUUAAAGCAAUGAAUAUUCUUACUUCCACUUCAACAAUAUUUUACAAUCAAAUAAAAAUGGAAGAAAAUUUAUUGGUGUCUGCUAAUAAAAAGCUUGCAAAAGAGAAACAAUCAACAAAAUCAAAGAACACACCAAAGCAGAGUUCUGAAAAGAAAAUGAAAAUGAGUACAAUCUCAAAACUCAAUGGUAAAGAUGAGUUUAACAAAUCAGGUGUAGAGGGCGAGUUGUUGUUAUUGGAAUGGAGAUUUGUAAUAGAUACAGAAAUAAAAAGAUUUAAUUUUCGUAUGGACUUGAUUGAGACUAGAGCCAAUGAAGAUAUAAUGGAAUUUUACUGCUAUCUUGAAUCUGUUUUUUGUGAUUUACACAGUUUAAUUCUAUCAAGAUAUUCAACAGAAAUUCAAAACAUCAAUGAUUUGUGUGAAUAUAUAAAGUUUGCUAUUGAAGAAGAGAUAACAUUAAAUCUACCUAUAGUUUUGAGUAGAAAAAGCUUUUUCAUAAACAUAGUUAAAGGAUUAAAGGCAGAGUUGGUUCCUGAAGUAAAAGAACUCUAUGAAGUAUCAAGCGAUUUUAGUUUUACAAUAAAUCAGUUAAAACUGUUGCUACAUAUAUUUAAAAUUGCAGGUCCCAAUGGUAUCAUUAGAAAACAACCAUUUUGUUACAUUAUUCAAGAUUUAAUGUUGUUUAAUACCGGGGACCAUCAGCCACAUUUGCCAAAAAUGUGGAACAAGCUUAGUGAAUCUGAACUGAUAUUUUUGAUUGAUCAAAUGUUUGGGUCAGAGUUUGCAAUAGAUUGGAGAGAUUUCAUCAUUUAUAAUCUGGACAUAGAUUAUCCCAGUAUUUGUGAUAUUUUGUCUUUGAGGGAACAGUUCUCACUGUUUGAUCCUGAUAACACAGAAGUUGUUUCAUUAGAGAGAUUUGCAACAGUUAAACUUUGGUUUGAAAACCAUUUACCUGGUUCCCCCCAUGAAGGUCUACGUAUUAUGUUAAUAAAACAACUGCUGGUUGAUAUGUUCCGAGUGGAUGAUAACAACAUUAAUUAUACAGCUUUACUCCUGUAUUUUUGUAAAGACUAUGAUCCAAAACUUGGAUUAAAAAAAGCUCUCAGUUUAUCUUUGGGGAAAAAUGUCAUUAUUUCUACAGAAGAAGUUAAAGAGUUAUUAAAAAAUGAGGAAGAAAUAAAGGAUGCGGUUCAUAGUAUUUUAUCAAAUAUAAUAGCAAGUAUCAUUCUCAAUAGAGAAGGUGUUGUAAUAAAUGAAAUAUCGGACACAGAAUCUGAAACAAAUGUAAGUUUUAAUGAAUUAAAUGAAAACUACAUAAUAAGUUCCCCACUAAGCUCUAUAGUAAGCAGUGAUAAAAGCAGUACACAAUCAAAUUUAUCAAAAGAUGAAGCUGAAAGUGCAAAGAAUUCAUCGGUGCUGCCAAUGUUUUUCAAUAGCAAGCAAGUGGAAGAUGAAAGAUCAUGGACAUCCAGAAUUCCAGUUUCUACAGUAAUUAGUGUAUUUAAUGCUUCUUUUCUCAAUCAAGACAAAACUUAUUCACUAAGGAAUAUUUAUCUCCACUGUUUAGAAGAUGAAGCUGAUGAUGACCAUAUGAUUGAAGCUCCAAUGUUAGUAAAUUUAAGAUGUAUACAAAAAAUAUUUGCAUUAACAAACAAGUUUAAAAUAUCAUUACCCAAAAAAAUAUUUGAGCUUCUGAAUAAAACUGAAUUUUGAAGUA